CGAGCUAAAGCGGAGGCCGAGGCAGCUUCAUUGUUGUGAAGAGUCUUAAAGGGGCCGCAUCACCCGGCCGGCCCGGCGCGGGUCGGGGGUGGGUGCGGCAGGGGUCCGGGGGCGGCCGAGCGCAGAGGACGGACGGGAAGGCGGGCAGGGGGCGCGGGAGCCGGCGACGCGGAGCAGGCAUUGGACCGACUCCCCCAAGAGGCCCCGCCCCGGCCCUGGCCCCCGCCCGGCCGGAUGGAGCCCCCCGCGGCCAAGCGGAGCCGGGGCUGCCCCGCGGGACCCGAGGAGCGCGAUGCCGGGGCCGGGGCCGCGCGUGGCCGGGGACGGCCCGAGGCGCUGCUGGACCUCAGCGCCAAGCGGGUAGCCGAGAGCUGGGCCUUCGAGCAGUCAUCCGUCAACUGUCCCCGAGGCCUGGGCUGGUCAUCGGCUCUCCCACUUCCCCUAGAAACCCAGGUGGGCGUGGAGGCUAAGGAGGGCCCCUGCCCCUUCAUUGCGUAUCCCCUGUGCUGGGACGUGGCCUGGCUGACUGCAGGCUUCCAGCAACCUCCAGCAGGUAUGAGGAAGCCAUCUCCCUGCAUGACCCAGUCUGGGCCCGAGCUGCCCAACCAACGGGACAGUUUGGCUUUGACCUUAGGAUUCCACCUGAGCGGGAACAUCCGCGAGCCGGGGGGCCCUGGAGAGCCCGAACGCCUCUACCACGUCUCCAUCAGCUUUGAUCGCUGCAAGAUCACCUCCGUGAGCUGCGGCUGUGACAACCGCGACCUCUUCUACUGCGCCCACGUGGUAGCCCUGUCCCUGUACCGCAUCCGGCACGCCCGCCAGGUGGAGCUACGGCUGCCCAUCUCAGAAACGCUCUCCCAGAUGAACCGGGACCAGCUGCAGAAGUUCGUGCAGUACCUCAUCAGCGCUCACCACACUGAGGUGCUGCCCACCGCCCAGCGCUUGGCUGAUGAGAUCCUCCUGCUGGGCUCGGAGAUCAAUUUGGUGCAUGGUAAGGGCACUCCACCCCGGGGGUCCAGUGGGGAGAGGACGCCGCGGCCCACAGCCACGCCACUUGCUGAGUGUCCUGCAUGGAUCAUCACCUGGCACAGAGUGGGCACUGUGGAAGUGUGUGCUGCUGCUGCCGCUGUUGGCAGGAAUAUUAAGGCUGCCCCUGCCUCCUCAGGGGCCCUGUGGGUUUGCGUCGUCCUGAGCCCCCACUGCAAACCAGAGGAAAGGGCAGGCUGGCUCCAGCUGCUCAGCAGGUGGGACAAGCUCGACGUGUGCCCACUGGAAGAGGGCAACUACUCCUUCGACAGCUCCAGCCUGCAGCCCACGGUGGCCCCCAGCCCAGGCUCGGAGGAAGAGGAAGUGGUGGCAGCCACAAGUCCCCGCUACACGGUGUUUGGCCGCGCCUUGCUGGCUGGAGAGCUGCACUGGAAUGACGCCCACCUGCAGAGGAUCCUGGCCAGUGACUCCUACAGCUGCAGCCUUACAGGCAGUGUGGGUGGGGACAAACCAACUUUCGACCCCCAGGGCCGCCCACUCUGGCUGGGAGAACCUUUCCCCACCGCCUGCGCCCGUGUGGACACCCUGCGUGCCCAUGGAUACCCCCGCCAGGCCCUGCGGCUGGCAAGUGCCGUCGUCAACACGCUCCGACUGCAGCUUCGGCAUCAGCUAGAGAGCUACAAGCAGCAGAAGAAAGAGCUGCUCCAGAAAGGCUCCACCUGCAUCACCAACACGGAAGGAUGGGUAGGGCACCCCCUGGACCCCAUUGGCUGCCUCUGCAGGGCACUCCUGGAGGCCUGUCGCCUGGAGGAGGAGACACUUACCCUUUACUCAGACACAAGCCCCGAGAAGCGGAAGGUGGCCUACCAGCACGUGCCUGUGCCCGGGAGCCCUGGAGAGUCCUACUUGGUGCUGGCGCUGGAGGUGGCACUGCUGGGGCUAGGGCAGCAGCGGGCCCUGCCAGAGGGGCUGUACGCCCAGGACAAGGUGGUUCGCAACGAGGAGCAGCUGCUGGCCCUGCUGGAGGAGGUGGAGUUGGAUGAGCGGUUGGUGCAAGUGCUGCGCAAGCAGGCGGGGCUGCUGCUGGAAGGGGGUCCCUUCAGUGGCUUCGGGGAGGUGCUGUUCCGGGAGAGCGUGCCCAUGCACACCUGUGCCCGCUACCUAUUUACCGCACUGCUGCCUCAUGACCCCGACCUGGCCUAUCGCCUGGCGCUGAGAGCCAUGAGGCUGCCCGUACUGGAGACAGCAUUUCCUGCUGGUGAACCUCACCCCAACCCGCUGGACUCCAUCAUGAGCAACCGCUUCCCCCGCUGGUUCAUCCUUGGCCACCUGGAGACCCGCCAGUGUGAACUGGCUUCCACCAUGUUGACAGCCGCCAAGGGAGACCCCAAGUGGCUGCACGCGGUACUGGGCUCUAUCCAACAGAACAUUCAUUCUCCUGCCCUGCUCUUCAAGCUGGCACAGGACGCCUGCAAGACAGCCACCCCGGUGAGCGCCCCACCGGACACCACGCUGCUGGGUAUCGCGCUGGAGCUGGGCCUGCAGGUGAUGCGGAUGACUCUGAAUGUAAUGACCUGGCGACGGAGGGAGAUGGUGCGCUGGCUGGUCAGCUGUGCCACAGAGAUUGGCCCACAAGCUCUGAUAAAUAUCAUGCAGAACUGGUAUUCCUUAUUCACACCGGUGGAGGCGGCCACCAUCGUGGCCGUGACUGGGACCACACAAGCCACUCUGCUGCGACUGCAGCUGGACACGUCCCGGAGGGAGGAGCUCUGGGCCUGCGCCCGCACCCUGGCCUUGCAGUGCGCCAUGAAGGACCCUCAGAACUGCGCCUUGCCUGCCCUGACCCUGUGCGAGAAGAACCACUCGGCCUUCGAGGCGGCCUACCAGAUCGUGCUGGACGCAGCGGCCGGCGGCCUGGGACACGCCCACCUCUUCACUGUGGCGCGCUACAUGGAGCACCGCGGGCUGCCGCUGCGGGCCUACAAGCUGGCGACGCUGGCCCUGGCGCAGCUCAGCAUCGCCUUCAACCAGGACAGCCACCCUGCCGUCAACGACGUGCUUUGGGCCUGCUCGCUCAGCCACUCCCUGGGCCGGCACGAGCUCUCAGCCAUCGUCCCCCUCAUCAUCCGCAGCAUCCACUGUGCCCCAAUGCUGUCCGAUAUUCUGCGCCGCUGGACUCUCUCGGCACCGGGCCUGGGCCCCUUAGGGGCCCGCCGGGCCGCCAAGCCACUGGGUGCCGACCGGGCGCCUCUCUGCCAGCUCCUGGACGCGGCAGUCACCGCCUACAUCACCACCAGCCACUCCCGUCUCACGCACAUCAGCCCGCGGCACUACGGAGACUUCAUCGAAUUCCUGGGCAAGGCCCGGGAGACCUUCCUGCUGGCUCCCGACGGGCACCUCCAGUUCGCCCAAUUCUUGGAGAACCUUAAACAGACCUACAAGGGCAAGAAGAAACUCAUGCUUUUGGUGCGGGAGCGUUUCGGUUGAGGGGCAGUGGGGUGCGUGGGAGUGGGGAGUCCUCUCGCCCCUGCGUCUCCCACCCCUCCUCUCCAAUUAGGCCACGUGGCGUUUCAGUAUUAUGAAGUCAGGGAAGGAGCCCGGCUGGAGAUGGGGAACGGGGAAGCGGCGUCCUGCCACGUGUGUGCCUGGGAGUGUGCGAGGAAGUGUGCAAGGCUCGAGAAGCAGAAGCCAUACCACCUCCCAGAAGCCUGGAAGGGGUGUGUGCUUGGGCUGCUGGUAUGACCCCCCUUUGGACACCCCAAAAGCAAUAGGCAAAUUCCCCUUACCCAGGACUGGCUUGGGCUCUGGGAGCGAGGCUGGGAGGCAGGACUUCCCAGAAAUCAGCCCUCUGAGUCAAUGUAGCACAUCCUCCCCCGACCCCACCCUGGGUGGCCAGGGGUCUUCCCCCACCCCCUACUGCUCAGGGCCCCCCCCCUUGUGCCACCUUCAAAGUGGCUACCCAGCCAGAACCAAUGCCUCACCCCCACUGAAGAAUUUGAAGAGGCCUCAGGCCUCAGCCUCAUACCUCACCUCCCCAUUUUCUUGGGCACCAGGGUCCCAGGGUGGGCUCAGGGUUGGAGAAGUCAUAGUUGCCCUCUCCUCUCACCUGCUAGUCACGGGAUGUACAACUCAGGAACUGAGCGAGGCUCACACUGCCCCUCCCAACCCGGGGUCAGGGAACACAGACUGAGAGAGCCAGAGACCCCGCCCUCGAUCUGGAAAGGAAAGAGACCUCCCUCUUGGCAUUUUUCUGACUCUUUCCCCCUUUCUCCUCCUGUCUGUCUGCUUCGCCCUUUAUCUUACUCUGUUGGCAUUGUUCUCUGCAUUUACCUGCCUUUGUUUCUGCACCUAAGUCCUUGCCCCCUCUCUCUUUGGCCAUCCUUCUUUUCCACCACCUUGACCCAGGGUGGAGAAGGGAGACCAUCGCACCCCCAGUCACCCCCACAUCUUCUCCCUUCUUGUAUAUUAAGGACGAAAGAUCAUGUCAUUUUGUAACUUUUUUUCUAUUUAUUGAACCGUAUAUAUCCUUUUAUCCUUUU